GUUUAGGUGACUCAUGGUUGAGGUUAAGUCACCCGAACAACAAUUUGAAUUCUUGAUUUGGAUUUUACAUAUAAAUAAUACUAAUUUAUGAGAUUUUAUAUCUCACAACCAUCUUAGAGAAUACUCUACCAAAGAAAAUACCAUAAUAGACUACUCGAUGUAUAAUGCUAUACAGUUAAGAAAUCGUUUUUGGCCCAGACACUUCUUUCUGUAAAUUAUUUGAUUUUUAUCCUGUUUGUGGUUUACCUUACUCCUUGGUCAAAAGCUUAAAGGACUCCUUUAAAAGUUAAAAAAAUAUAAGGAAAGAAGUAGUUGGCCAAAUGGACUGAAGUGUCUGAGGUUCAUUGGAUUUUGUCAAUCCCAUAGCAGAAAAGAAGAUGAGAUUUAAAGUGGAUUUAUUAUUUAUUUACUAUUGAGAGAGUAUUAAGUUAGAAAAAACGUAAAAUAUGAAAAUUACAAAAUCUAGAAUAUUCCACACUUCAUUUGUCCAAAUUAUUUUAGCAAUAUUUUCCUUCACUUUUAUAACAAUUGCAGUUCUAACUAUAAAACUAUUCAAUAAUGGCAACUGCAACUGCAAUCACCCUGAUAGCUUACAAGGAUCUCUUCCAUAUGAGCCAUUAAUUAACUUUGAGAAACCUUCAUUGGAACACAAAUUAGCAAUACUAGUGCCAUAUAGAGAAAGAUUUGAAGAACUGUUAACUUUUGUUCCUUACAUUCAUAGAUUUUUGCUUAGACAAAAAAUAAAUCAUGAUAUUUUUAUAUUAAACCAAGUGGACACUUUUAGAUUUAAUCGAGCGUCUUUAAUCAAUGUUGGUUAUUUAGAAACAAGGAUAAAUUAUUCCUAUAUAGCUAUGCAUGAUGUGGACUUGUUACCCUUGAACCAUAAUUUAUCAUAUAGCUAUCCAAAAAUGCCAACACACAUAGCUGCACCUAAUUUGCAUCCUAGAUACCACUAUGAAAAGUUUAUUGGCGGGAUUUUAUUAAUUAAUAGAGAACAUUUUGAGUUGGUGAAUGGAAUGUCUAAUAGAUACUGGGGUUGGGGAUUAGAAGAUGAUGAGUUCUAUGUUAGACUAAAAGAUGCUAAUCUAACAGUAGUCAGACCCAAGGACAUCACUACUGGAACAAAGGAUACAUUUAGGCAUAUCCAUGGUAAAGACAGAAAAAGAGACAUGGAAAAAUGUUAUAAUCAAAAGGAAGUAACAAGAAGAAGAGACAGACAAACAGGAUUGCAUAGUGUAAAAUAUAACAUUUUAAAAAGGACAAAAUUAUUAAUAGAGGAGUCACCUGUAACUAUAAUUAAUAUUCAAUUAAUUUGUGAUCAUUCUUUAACACCAUGGUGCGAUUGUGGACCCAAAAAAUCUGACAACAAAAAGAGUUAAGUAUUAUUUAAGCUAUUUCCAUGAUAAAAAUAUAAAGAGAGGUGGAAAAUAUUAUAAUCAAAAAGGAGUAAACAAAAGAAGAGACCAAAGGACUGUAUAACUAUAGAUAAUAUUCAAUCAAUUUUUGGUUAGAAAACAAAGUGACUUACUUUAAUAAAUGUUAUUAUAAAAUCA